GAGCGGCAGCGCGAGCUCAGUACAACGAAGAGAACCCAACGAGUCCACAUCGCGCGACUCUAGCGAAGGGAGAGAAAGAGAAAGAAAGAGAGCGAGCCUGCACCUUAAAAUCAGCCGUUAUAUCUGGAGAGGGUCGCCGCAGCCUGGAGGGGGAACGAGGGAUUUGAUUAGCCACCGUUAUUUUUUUCUUUUGUGUUUUCUUUUUUUUUUCUUUUCUGGAGAAGGGAUUGUGAGCGUUUGUGUGCAAAGAUGAUGGUCGGGGAGAUGGAGGUGAAGGAGAGACCGAGGCCGAGUCCCGACUAUCUCAUGCAGUUAUUGAACGAGAAGAAGCUCAUGACGAGUUUACCCAACCUGUGCGGCAUCUUUACACACCUGGAGAGACUCUUAGACGAAGAGAUAACCAGAGUGAGGAAAGAUAUGUAUAACGACACAGUGAAUGGUCUGGUGGACAAACACCCCCUGGAGUUACCAGAGCCAGUGGGACCCAUCGUACAUCUGCAGGAGAAACUCUUCGUACCGGUCAAAGAGUAUCCAGAUUAUAAUUUCGUAGGGAGAAUUCUUGGCCCUCGUGGACUCACUGCAAAGCAACUGGAGGCAGAGACUGGCUGCAAGAUCAUGGUGAGAGGGAGGAGCUCAAUGAGAGACAGAAAGAAGGAGGAGCAGAACAGAGGGAAGCCAAACUGGGAGCACCUAAAUGAAGACCUGCACGUGCUGAUCACAGUGGAGGACACGCAGACACGUGCCGAGAUCAAGAUGAGAAGAGCUGUCGAAGAGGUCAAGAAGCUACUGGUGCCUGCAGCGGAAGGAGAAGAUAAUCUAAAGAAGAUGCAGCUUAUGGAGCUGGCCAUUCUGAACGGAACAUACAGAGACACCAACGUCAAAACGCCCACCCUUGCGUUCUCUCUUGCAGCAGCGGCAGCGGCCGCUCAAGGUCCGCGUUUGAUCGCGGCCCCUGCGGGUCAGGUCCUCCCCCCGGCCGCCCUCAGGCCCCCCACUCCGGCAGGGACCCCCAUCAUGAACAUCAUUCGGCCCACUCAGAUGGCCACUGUGCUACCCAACGGCACCCCUACCCUGGUGCCCCCGACGCCCGACGCGGGCAUUAUCUACACCACGCCCUACGACUACCCUUAUGCCUUGGCGCCCACGUCUCUGCUGGAAUAUCCCAUCGAGCACAGCGGAGUCCUAGGUAAGCGGGCGUGGGGGCUUGGCACUUCACCCUUCGGUAUCCCGCAAGAGGGUACUGCCGGGGUGUUUUACGGGGGCAUAUUGGAUGGGUCGUCACCCGGCCCAGUUCAGGACUCACUGAAAGGUGCAAUGGCUACUAAAGUGCGGAGACAUGAUUCACGGGUCCAUCCUUACCAAAGGAUAGUGACCACAGACAGAGCCGCCACCGGCAACUAACAAAUGACCUCUGAACUCUGAACUCUUCACCCAAUGAUGAGCCGCCCAAGCCUGCCUGCUGAUCAGAUUAACUGGUAAUUGCCUUUUGCUAGCCUGGUGGACGCAGAGAGAGAGGCACCUGUCCGAGCAGUGAUCCUAACAUAAACCAACAUAAAACACAACAACCCUCCAUACCAACACACGUUGUGUAGCGAUAACAACGAUGAUACUCUAUUAUUUUAUGUUGUUUUUUUGUUUUUUUAAUUAUAAUUAUAUUUCUUUCUUUUUCUUUUAAAUCUCAAAUGACUGGGUGGAUGUUAACAGCGAUGUUGCGUUACCCGAAAUCUGCACUGAAGUUUAAAAGCAAUAAAGAAGCGUCUUCUGCUAAUUCAGCCCUUAAAUGCAUUUAUGCUCCGAUUUAAAAAAGAAAAAAAGAAAAGAAAACCAACUUGGUGACCCUAGUUUUCAUCAGUCAUAACGCUAAACGGGGCAUCAGCAUCCAGAUUAUGUCUAUACGCCACCCCACCCAUUUAAACUGUCACCAUGACUAAUCAACAAAAGAAAAAGAAGGAAAGAAAUCUGCACUCACACCAACUUGUGUAUUUCCUGUCUUUCUCUGAUGUAAUCCUGUGUUUUUCAGUUGAUGAGUUUUACUGUGCUGACACAUUCUGGGUGUGCCUGUCCAGCUGACUUAGAGCAUGGCUACAAUGACAGACUGCAAAAAGCUUGUUUUGAUUUCUUCGUUCUGUUACUUCUCCCUAUUUUGUUUCUUAUGUUUCCAUGUACCUUAUUAGCGUUUGGCAAUACUUGCAGGUUUAAACACGCGCUGCUCGUUGCAGCAUCUGUGCCAGCUCAGUAGGGGGCGGUAGGCAGAGUCAGGCAGGGCAAGAGUUGUUUGGGGUGAAGUGUUUUUGGAGUUUUCAAAUCUAGGAUAUUCAGGGUUGGACAGCUGGGAUAUGAACCGGAAUCAGUUUACUGAACUAUGCCAUCCCAAAAACUCUCAACCCCUCCCCACAUACAGUGCCUGAACUUUCUACAAAUCUUUCUUUGAAUGAGCUGUGAGAUAAAAGACAAAAAAACAAACAAAAAAAAAAAGUAUUACGUGUGCGCAUUUAGCCAAAGGGUUUCCAUUUAAUGAAUUUCAUAUAUAUAUAUGAGUAUGUAUCUAACCGCCAAGGGUUCUGUCAUUUUAGUGUAGAGUUUGAGAAGGUUUGAUGUCAUGCCUGUAUCUGUGUUAUAACGGCAAAUCGUAACAUGAAUGAAAUGGUGAUUAAUUGUCCCACAAGACGCUAAUUUCCAAAAGCAAUGAACACUAAGGAAGAUGAAUGAGGUAGAACGGGGGAGGGUUUAACCUCACUGCUGUAUGUACACGUCUUUUUUUGGUUUACCUAAUUUUUUUUCUUUUUUUUUUUCGAGUUCUCUCCCCCUGUCAAAAAUUAAGCGAGUGGGAAGCGACUGUGAGUUAUUUAAAUUUCGUAUCAAAUAGCCCAUCCACAAUGUGUCCUGCACACCCUUAGCUACUGAGCCCACUCUCAUGUCUAUACACCCUCUCAAAAAAACAUAGGAUGUGAAAGCCAUGUCUGCCUGUUCGAAUUGCUUUAUACAUACAUGAUAUAUAUAAAAAAAUGUAUACAAAUGUAGAUAUCUCAUUGCAUAUUAAACAAAAAGAUCAAAAUUAGAUACUUUUACAGGGUGCUGGAGAAGAAAUAUAUAUUUUUGCCAAUUUUAGCUUUUUAUACUUAACUUGCAGUUACAAAAUAAGAAACAUAAUACAAAAAAAAUAUAAAAAACGUUUGUAGAAUAGUACAGCAAAGGUGGUAACGAAAUGUUGCGUGACUUUGGAUACUAUUGGCCAGAGGGGGAAAAAAAACAGACCGGCAUAGUUAAACCUUGGAACGUCGGAUAAACGCGUGUGACGUAACAGAAGAGUUAAGUUAGAGAGAAAAAAAAGUGCCUUACUGACGGUCGUUUCUUUUUCCGAGUGUUACAUUCUGUUCAAUAAUAUCCAGCACCGACUAUGAUAGCGCAGAGCGAGGAAGGAAAGAAGGAAGGGUUUGUGAAGAGGAAGCACCCCAAGAGUUAAACCACGAGGCUGUUGCAGUGUUGUGCCACUGAAUCUAUUCUAUGCAAAGGAAUAGCAGUCAUUUGACCAGCUAACUAUGUGCCAUGAUUCGUCUUCCCAAAAUGUUUUUUUUUCUCCUUUAAAAUCCCCUUUUGAACAAAGUGUUUUUCUUUCAAUUUUCCUGUAUUGUUCUAUAUUACGAGGACAAAAUCGGCAAUGCUGUCUAUGUAUUUGGUUACUGUGAUUAUUUUUUUGUCAUGAACAACUGCCAAUCAUCAUGUGGAAGUCUGCCAGGUGUUUUUAGAAGAAUUGGACUUGACCUGAAACCUCCAUUUGUUUCAAGAUUUGCAAACUGGAAUUUUUUCCACUCAUAUUCGCCAAAGCGUACUUUAUGCCAAGGAAGUGUUUAUGCGUUUUGUUUUGGUUGUAGGGAAGAGCUCACUUACAGUGCACAGAUCUGAGAAGAGCAAAUAAUGCAUGGAGAGGGAAAAUAGUAUUACUUAGAGGAAGGUCAUCUGCUAUAUCACAUAAGAGCCACAGUAUCAAAUCACAUGCUAAAGAUCAGAUCAGAUCCGCCCCCGAGCAGUUUUCAGUCGUUGAAACAACCGGAGGUGUUCAUCACAUUCAGUAAGAUUGCUUUCAACUUUGUGUUCUGUAACCCUGGCAGUCUCUAAUGUAGUCUUGUUCUUACUUUUGUUACACAAAGGUCAAUGUGUUUGUUUUUUCUCUUCUCAGUGUUAAAUACAUGUUUUUAACCAUAUUGAAAUAAUGAAAUGCAAUAUUAGAGAGGAGCAAAGAGACGACUACAGAGAAAUGGACAGUAUUAUCGAAUCCCCUCUGCCAUGUUACUACGUGCUGUUAAUGUUUUGGAGUUGGGUUUAGUCUAUCAGGUGUAUGGAGAAAUUCUUUUCUCUUCCACCUGCCUACUACAUGUGUAAUAAUGUAAAUUACAGCCAUUGUUACAGGUUUCUAAUGUAUUUUUCUAACUUCAUUUUCUAUGUACAAGUCAUUUUUUUCUGAUCUCCUUUUGUGAUGAGACCCACUACACUUUUUUUGUUUUUUGUUUUUCUCCAUGUCUUCUCCUCCGCCCUCCCUCUCGGCCCAUUCUUUACUCAGAUCUGUCUCUCAUUGGGAGCGUUGCCUUUUCCUACAGUUAUUUUGUUUUCUUGCUGAUUCUUUAGCUUGUUUAACUCAUUAGCAACUUAUUAGUUCCUCUUGUCAUAGGUAUUUUUACAUGCUUGCAUUUAGUUUUUAUGGUGUAUGCUGUUAUUUUUUUUCUUAUUAACCUCCUUGGCAUUUAUUUUAAUAAACAUUCUUAGUAAGAAUUUUACUAACUUUGCUGAUA